AUGGUACUGCUUCUCCUGCUCUUCCUGCCUCAUGCAGACUGUGGAGUGAAGGCAAAAUGCCCCUUGACUUUGGAGAGAGACUGGAUUGAGCCAUUCAUUUAUUACAGGCCAGGAGACCACAUCAUUAGUGGAGUCAUCUCUGCCAGAUUUGCUAUAUUUAAUCCACAGCACUUCAAGGAGUCUCCCUCUACCAGCUUUAAACACAAAGGAGGAACAAGGUACUGGGUGCCCCUAUCCUUCUUCUUUGCCAUUCAAGAGAUCAACCAGAAUCCCAGGCUCUUGCCCAACAUCACUCUGGGCUACAAUAACUAUGAGACCUUUUUUCAUGGAAGGAUAACGUAUGAAGCUUUGGUAGACCUGGUCUCUUCUAGACAGGUGAAUGUUCCAAACUACAACUGCGGAGGACAGAAUAACUUGAUUGCUGUUCUGGAAGGGGCUGACUCUGACUCUGAGAACUCCAUCCAGAUUUCAAGCAUGUUGAGCAUCUAUAAAAUGCCACAGGUCAGCUAUGCUUUUGGCUCACAUGUUCUAAAUGACAAGAGACAGUUCCCCUUUUUCUAUCGGACGGUCCCCAAUGAAGAGGCUGUUUACCCACUGAUUGUCAAGCUGCUCCAUCACUUCAGAUGGACAUUCAUUGGUCUCAUUGCUCCAGACACUGAAAACGGAGAGAUGUUCAUGAAGACAUUGACACCUAUCUUUGUAGAGAAUGGCAUUUGUGUUGCUAUCUCACUAAGCAUUCCACAAAUCAAUACAAACCGUGUGACGGUCAAAGUUCCUCCAUCAGAAAAGUGGCGACAAGUCCAAGUAUUCUUAUAUUACGUAGAAUCUACUUAUUUCUGGAAGGGAAUGCAAGUUGCUGAAAUGAUAUUUGACAAGCUGGUCAAACCCACUGUGGGGAAAGUCUUGAUCACAACAUCUAUGUGGGAUUUGAGUGUAGACUUAAUUGAGUUAAUCAUCAAUGGUUUAGAUUUCCAGCAUUUCCACAGUAUUCUUUCUUUUUCUAUUGGGCUGAAUAAAUGGGCCAAAUAUGAUGAUAUUGAUGCCUUUUUCUAUGCAAUUAAGCAAUUUUGGGAGGAAGCUUUUACUUGUUCCUAUUUGGAGCACACAUUGUCAGUGAAAAGCUGGGCAAGAUGCCAAGAAAGAGAGGAACUGGAGAUGCUGCCCCAAGAAUAUCUGGAAAGACUCUUAUCUCUAAACAGCUACAGGAUUUACAACACUGUCCAAGCUGUGGCCCGUUCCUUAAAUGCUGCAUAUUCCUCUAGAUCUAAGUGGAGGUUGAAGGACAGUCUGGAAGUUCAAAGGCUACAGCCAUGGCAGCUCCACUCUUUCCUGGGAGAUGCCCAAUUUUACAAUUCUUCAAUGGACAGAGUGUAUUUGGAUGAGAACGGGGAACUGGCAGCUGACUUGGACAUUGUGAACUGGGUGGUGUUUCCCAAUAAGUCCCUCCUUAGAGAGAGGAUUGGGAGCAUCAAGAGACAGAGAUCCCUGGCCCUGAAGUGCACCAUGGACCAGAAUGCCACUGUGUGCCCCAAAUGGCACAACCAGCCCCUGCCUACUUCCAGGUGUGUGGAAAAUUGCCAACCUGGAUACUUCAAGGUAGUUCAGGAAGGAAUGCUGCUCUGCUGCUAUGACUGCGUUCCCUGUGCAGAAGGAACAAUGGCCACUCAGGAAGAUGCAGAGCAUUGCAACAGGUGUCCAGAAGAUCAGCAUCCAAACAAGGACAGAGAUCAAUGUUUCUACAAGAUCAUCACCUUCCUGGAUUAUGAAGAAGCUUUGGGGAUUUUCCUAGCUUCCUUUGCCCUAUUCUUAUCCUUAACCACGUGUGUUGUGUUAGGAAUAUUCAUUAUAUUCCGAGAAACUCCCAUAGUCAAAGCCAACAACCGGAACCUCUCCUAUAUCCUCCUCAUCUCCCUCCUGCUUUCCAUUUUGUCCUCCUUGCUCUUCAUUGGAAGGCCAAGGAAAGCGACCUGUCUUCUCCGACAAAUGGCCUUCAGCAUCAUCUUCUCAGUUGCCAUCUCUUCUGUGUUGGCCAAAACCAUCACUGUGGUGCUGGCCUUCCUGGCCACAAAACCAGGAAACACGAUGAGGAGAUGGCUGGGGAAGAGUCUGGCCAACUCCAUUGUCAUUUCCUGUUCCAUUGUCCAAGUUGUCAUCUGCAUCUUCUGGCUGGGAAUCUCUCCUCCCUUCCCAGAGUCUGACAUGCAUUCCCAGCCCAGAGAGAUCAUCCUGCAAUGCAAUGAAGGGUCUGUUGCCAUGUUUUAUGGUGUCUUUGGCUACAUGGGCUUCCUGGCCUCCAUCUGUUUCACAGUGGCUUUCCUGGCCAGGAAGCUGCCUGGGGCCUUCAAUGAAGCCAAGCUGAUCACCUUCAGCAUGCUGGUCUUCUGCAGUGUUUGGGUCUCAUUUGUGCCCUCCUACCUGAGCACAAAAGGGAAAUACAUGGUAGCCGUGCAGAUCUUCUCUAUCUUGACUUCCAGUGCUGGGCUUCUGGGCUGCAUCUUCUUUCCCAAGUGCUACAUAAUUGUACUCAGGCCUGAUCUGAACACAAAAGAGCAUCUGACAACAAAAGCUGGUUCUUAAAUAACUCAUUUUUGACAACUGUUGUCCAGCACAGUAAUGUUGAAAAAAACAUACUUGCCUUGCAAAUGUAGCUUCUUAGAUUUAAAAGCAUGUUUAUGGCUCCUUUUCUGAUGGUUACUUUUCAAACCUUUAAGAAGUGUCUAAAUGUUUACAUUUUAUUUUUAAUUGUGCUAUUUUAACUUGGAAAGCUGAAUGUCUUUCUCUUAAAAUUCAGGUUCUUUGGCACUUCCUGCAUUUCAAUAUAUUGAUUUAAUAGGAAAAUUGAUUGGGACUGCUAAAACAAAUAGAGGA